CAGACACGAGAGGGAGGGAGGGAGAGAGAGGCAUUGAUAAGACCAGUCAAAUGUGCAGAGUUCUCCCAUAGCCUCUCUACUCCAUCUCUCCAAUCUUUAUAUAAGCCAAAGCCAGGCCUGCCUUCAGAUACACAUUGCAUUGAACUCUCACCUUUUCCUAAUUUUGUUGUGCUCUCCAAGAGGAUGGCAGCCUUCCCAUAUCAACACCACCAUCCUCUCCUCCUGGACUCUCCUUACAUUCCAAAUAGUCCCAUCAAAUUGCCUCAACUACCACUCCAGCUUGGAGAGAUGACCAAUGCAUCCCCUGGUUUCCUCUAUUACAGCACACCUGAAGCCAUUGCAGAGGCCUCAGCAACUGAAGCCAGGACCUUUGAGAGCAGCAGCUCUUUUGACACUGCAAUAAUAGUGCCCUCAGGGGACACCAAGAUGGAUUACUCUUCUUCAGUGUUGGUUGAACCUCAUGGAAGUGAAGGGACAACUAAAGUACAAGGCUCCAUGGAGAAGAAGAGAAAGAAUAGAAAUGGCACUAGCUUGAAAUCUAUUCAGUCAAAGGAUACGAAGGAAAGCAAGAGCAGGAGGCAGAAGAAGUCCGUAGAAGAUGAGAAGCUCAAAGCCGAGGAGGUGAAAGAGACAAAGCCAUUUGAGGAGCCUCCGACAGGUUACAUUCAUGUCAGAGCAAGGAGAGGUCAGGCAACAGACAGUCACAGCCUUGCUGAAAGGGUGAGAAGAGAGAAGAUAAGUGAGAGGAUGAAGCUGCUGCAAGGCCUGGUUCCUGGUUGUGACAAGAUCACAGGAAAGGCGCUCAUGUUAGAUGAGAUCAUCAACUAUGUACAAUCCUUACAGAAUCAAGUUGAGUUCCUUUCUAUGAAGCUUGCUUCUGUGAGCCCAGUAAUGCACGACUUUGCUGUGGAUUUUAAUGGACAUGUGGAUCGGCAGCAGAAAAUAGAGGGCAUGUCACAAGCCUCGAUCCCAGUGCCUUCUGUGCUCCAAAGAAAUCCCAUUCAGCCCGUAGCUUUUGAAGAGGCCAUCACUGGAGACUGCAUAAUGAUGGACCCGUCACCUUUUUUACUGCAUGGCCGAGGGCCCCUAGACUUUUCUCAGGAUAAUGGUGUGCAAGUGGAUAACAAAAGACAGGGGGUUCUCAACCCAAUGAUGUUUGACGACAUGUGCUCUUUCCAGUAGAAAAAGGAGGAGAGAAAAUGGCCUCACAAACAUGAGGCACAACAGCGGAAGAAACUCAUACGGGUCUUAUCUCAUUGAUCAUAUUAGGUCAUAAAUUAUUUGGAUCUAGACCAUCUCCGAGCCCUAAUGCAUUCCAAGUAAGGAGAACUUGAGGGAGAAGAGGAAGGCCGAGCUCAGAUGACCACGACACUCCCGAGAGACUACUUCUCAUGGUGAUGUUAGGCUUGCAAAGACAAUUAAUGCAAUAAAUAAUGAUUGCUUUAUUGAUAUCAGUUUCCCUCAUGGCCACACACGCGCGCACACACACACACACAGAGAGAGAGAGAGAGAGAGAGAGAGAGAGAGAGAGAGAGGUGGCAUAGUAUUGUAGCAAUGGGAGACCGACAUGACAACCCAAGGAAGAUGCGUUUUCUUUCUUUAUUGUUAUAUUA